UUAGAACUUAAAAAAUGCAGAGAGAAAAUUAGUUGAAGGCAGUUCUGUAAUAGAACCCAUGAAGCUGGGGCAUCCAUGUCUAGAAAUAUUUUGAAUCUAAAGCAGGACAAGGGAUUCACUUUCUGAUAUGGGUUUUCCGUUAUUGGAUGGUGACUGGCCACUGGAGCUGUGGGCUCUCAUUCUGUCACCUCUUCUUCUGUUCUUCAACUCAACAGGGUAAGAGCCAGAGGAACAGAAGACCAGAGCAGAGACAGUGGAAGAAGAUUGAGAGGGUAAGUGAUGAGGAACACACUCUUUGAUUUCUUCUCUGCUACUUCGCAUUUAAUGUUGGAGAGCUGAAGAUGCCCAUGUGGUUAGUUGGCAGCAGUUAAUGCCUCAAGAACGUCGGUUACUCCUCCUCCUGACCUCAAAUUUUGUUUUUUUCUUUCAUUCUGAUUCAUGGUCAUUAGUUCUCUACUUCUCUUCCGUGCUGAAAAGGCAGAGUUUCUUCUUCAAAAGGCAAACUGCACAGCAUUAUUGGGCUUGUCCCCUUUCUCUCACUUUCUCUCUCUUCUCCUUCAUGGGUUUUCCUUAAUUUGCUUGGAACUUUGGAAGUAAAGCUCUAUGGUCUAUAGCCAUCCCAUUUGAGCAUUUGGCCGUUUCUUCUGUUUCUUUUUUACCGUUCAUGAAAACUCAAGACCACAUUGCAAGAAAAGAGCACCUGGCUCUGUACUGGAACGUGCUUCUGCUAUUUCUUUGUAACUGUUCCAUGGUUCCCAUGGAACUGACUUAGAUAUCCAAGGCCUAAGCCUUCCUUCUGUAACCCUUACUAACCUUCUGAAAUCCAACACGGAAAAUCCCUCUUCCAAGUUCUAAUUUCUUGCAUAUUGUUGCUUUACUUUGAUGUAACUCAAUGUGUUCUUCCAGAACUCUGAAACAAUCCCAAAUCUGUUGUUGUUGCUGACUCCACUUCUUCAAUGGGAUCUUUUGGCCCGUUUCUUCUGCUAUUUGUUUCAUUAUGUUUCUUCAUCCCCGUUACCCAUCAAUUACAAUCCUCUCAAACCCAAGUACUGUUGCAGCUAAGAAAACAAUUGGAAUAUCCCAAAUCGAUGGAAGUUUGGGAUACGAACAGUGAAGACUUUUGCUACUCACCUUCGUCUCCACAGCUAAUCAUUGCAUGCCAAGACAACUCUGUCAAGGAGCUGAAAAUUAUGGGUGACAAGCCCGCCAAGGUUAGUAAAUUCGACGGAUUUGCAAUUCCCAAUCAGACUUUAUCUGCAAUUUUCUCCAUUGAUUCCUUGGUCACAACCCUGUCAAGGUUAACCAACCUGAAAGUUCUUAGCUUGGUGUCUUUGGGGAUUUGGGGUCCUCUACCUGACAAAAUCCACCGGCUUUACUCGCUUGAACUUCUGGACUUCAGCUCGAAUUUUCUGUUUGGUUCGAUUCCUCCUAAGAUUUCUACCAUGGUAGGGCUUCAGACGUUGACACUGGAUGGAAAUUUCUUUAAUGAUACUGUCCCUGAUUGGCUGAAUUCCUUAUCAAACCUUACAUUUUUGAGUUUGAAGGGGAACAGGUUGAAGGGUCCCUUUCCUCCUUCAAUUUGUGGAAUCAAGACACUCACUGUUCUUGCUUUAUCUCAGAAUAAGAUUUCUGGGAAAUUACCUGCUAUGGAUAGCUUAACCAACCUGCAUGUAUUGGAUUUGAGGGAGAACCAGGUGGAUUCAGAACUACCUGUGUUGCCUAAACAAUUGGUCACGGUUCUUCUCAGCCAGAAUUUCUUCUCAGGUGAAAUUCCCCUACAAUUUGACGAACUAGUUCAGCUUCAGCACCUUGAUCUAUCAUUCAAUUUUCUACAAGGUACACCUCCUGCAGCACUGUUCUCUUUGCCAAAUAUCAGUUAUUUGAAUUUGGCAUCUAACAAGCUGAGUGGGUCACUUCCCCACCACCUAAGUUGCGGCAGCGUACUUGGGUUUGUUGACAUUUCUACUAAUAGAUUAAUAGGUGGGUUGCCUUCUUGCCUCAACUCUCCAUCUGUUAGCAGAGUUGUCAAGUUUGGUGGGAAUUGCUUGUCUGUUGAUCUUCAACAUCAGCACCAAGAGCCCUAUUGCAAAGAAAUCCAGAAAAACAGUAGGCAGUCUGGUAGUAAAGACAUUGGAAUAUUAAUUGCUGUUAUUGGAGGAGUUGUUAUCGUCAUGAUACUUCUGGGCUAUGGCUUUGUUGCUUUCUGUAGAAGAUAUUGUAUACAGGGAAAAUCAGAGCAGCAUUUAUUGUCAAAAGCAUUGCCAGAUAACUCGGCUUCAGGAUUCUCUUCUGAGGUCCUUGCAAAUGCAAGGUUUAUUUCCCAAGCUACCAAACUUGGGACUCAGGGCCUCUCAUGUCGGUUGUUUUCUUUACAAGAGCUAAAGGAAGCCACAGAAAACUUCGAUCAUUCAAAAUUUAUGGGUGAAGGCUCAAUGGGGAAGAUCUACAAAGGAAAAUUGGAGAAUGGGACCUGUGUUGCUGUCCGAUGUUUGGCACUGUUCAAGAGAUACUCAAUUCGAAACAUUAAGCUUCGAUUGGAUUUACUUUCAAAGCUUCGACACCCACAUUUAGUUUGCCUUUUGGGCCACUGCAUUGAUACUGGCGGACAAAAUGAUUCCAAUGUCCACAGAGUCUUUCUUGUUUAUGAGUAUGUGCCCAAUGGAAAUCUUCGUGCACAUCUCUCAGAGGAUAGUCCCGAGAAGGGUCUUAAAUGGUCAGAGAGAUUGGCAGUUCUUAUUGGUGUUGCUAAGGCUGUACACUUCCUACAUACUGGCAUGAUCCCUGGCUUCUUUAACAACCAACUUAAGACAAAUAAUAUCUUGCUAGAUGAGCAUCAGAUCGCAAAGCUGAGUGACUAUGGAUUGUCCAUAAUCACGGAAGAAAUUGAAAAACUUGAGGCAAAGGGAGAAGGCCAGAAAUGGCAGAUUACAAAAUCACAGGAUGAUGUUUAUUGCUUUGGUUUCAUAUUACUUGAAGCACUCGUUGGACCUUCAGUAUCUGGAAGAGGUGAAGCAUUCCUGCUGAAUGAAAUGUCAUCAUUUGGCAGCCAAGAUGGUCGAAGACGAAUUGUGGACCCUAUUGUACUUACUACAUGCUCCCAAGAAUCAUUGUCGAUUGUUAUCUCCAUAACCAACAAAUGCAUAUCUCCUGAAUCGUCUCGGCCAUCAUUUGAAGAUGUCCUUUGGAACUUGCAGUAUGCAGCACAAGUUCAAGCAACAACAGAUGGAGAACAAAAAUGAGAUGUUUCAUGACAACCAUAUAUGACUUUGGCACACCUGAUAGACUUUGCCUCAUCAUCAGAACCCCUACCAUGAGUGUGGAAAAUGAAUGUAACAUGGUCAAUGUCUGCAUGUAGUCAUUAAAGUUUACUAGUUGUAAUUGUAACAUACAGUGGAAGAGGAAAUGUAAGAUGGCUCCCAAAAACUUUGUGGUUUUCAUGGUGAAUCAUGAUCUUUUGUGUUAUUCAUCAAUGAAAUGGCAUCUCUGCAUCA